CGCAGCUCUUCACAACGCUCUGGGUCGUGACCCAGCAACUCCACCAUCGCGGCCCAGAGACGCCGCUGGGAGCUGGGGAGAGGGAGGUGUGGAGAGGAACGUAGAGACCGAAGGGUGAGGUUUCCCAGGAUCAAAUUUCCAGACGGCACCCGAUUAAGGAUGGCCGAUAGCCCUCCUCUGUCCGAGCCAACGGCUUUGCAAGAACUUAAUGGCGACUUCAAGAAGCCAGCCCUGCCUGUGCCGUCGGUGGUGCGGGGCAAGUUCCCGGCCACCAAUCCUUCAAACCCUGAGGAGGUGAAGGAGAGGCCUACGGCGCCGCCGGACCCCGAUUCCGGGGAGCCUCACAUCCCGCCGGCCCGGCCGGACAGCGCGGAGACUAGGAGUCCACCGGAGGAGCAGCCGCGGCCCCCCACAGCAGCUCCUGUCCCUGGCAGCCCGGCCCGGGGUCCCCCUUACCGAGAGCCGCCGUGGGGUGGCCCCGCCACGGGCCCCUACAGCCUAGAGACCCUGAAGGGCGGUACCAUCCUUGGCACGCGUAGCUUGACAGGGAAGAGUUGCUUCCUUUUCGGGAGGCUGUCUAGCUGCGACGUGUGCUUGGAGCACCCUUCGGUGUCUCGGUACCACGCCGUGCUGCAGCACGGAGCGUCCGGCCCCGACGGAGAAUGCGACGGCCGCGGGCCUGGCUUCUACCUCUACGAUCUGGGAAGCACCCACGGCACUUUUCUCAACAAAACCCGCAUCCCACCCUCCACAUAUUGUCGGGUUCACGUCGGGCAUGUUCUUCGCUUUGGUGGCAGCACCCGGCUCUUUCUUCUUCAGGGACCCGAGGAAGACCGAGAGGCAGAAUCCGAGUUGACAGUAACGCAAUUGAAAGAAUUGCGCAAGAAGCAACAAAUGAUGUUGGAGAAGAAUAUGCUAGGAGAAGACUCAGAUGGAGAAGAGGAAAUGGAUACCACUGAAAGAAAGAGAAAUGCUAGUAGUCAAGAGGAUGAAAUGGGCUGCACCUGGGGAAUGGGAGAAGAUGCUAUAGAGGAUGAGGCUGAAGAGAACCCCAUUGUCUUAGAAUUUCAGCAGGAAAGGGAGGCCUUCUAUAUAAAGGAUCCAAAAAAGGCCCUCCAAGGUUUUUUUGACCGAGAAGGAGAAGAAUUAGAGUAUGAAUUUGAUGAACAGGGACAUAGCACUUGGCUCUGCAGGGUGAGAUUACCUGUGGAUGAUUCAACGGGAAAACAGCUGGUGGCUGAGGCCAUUCACUCGGGAAAGAAAAAAGAAGCAAUGAUCCAGUGCUCACUGGAAGCUUGUCGAAUCCUUGAUACCUUGGGAUUGCUGCGACAGGAGGCAGUAUCUCGAAAAAGGAAAGCCAAGAACUGGGAAGAUGAAGACUUUUAUGAUAGUGAUGAUGACACAUUUCUUGAUCGGACUGGUCUGGUUGAGAAGAAGCGUCUGAAUCGAAUGAAGAAGGCUGGGAAGAUUGAUGAGAAGCCAGAGACCUUUGAAUCAUUGGUUGCAAAGUUAAAUGAUGCUGAAAGGGAACUCACUGAAAUUUCUGAGAGACUGAAAGCUUCAAGCAAAGCUCUAUCAGAGUCACCAUCUCAAGACUCUUUAGAUGCGUUCAUGUCAGAAAUGAAAUCAGGGAGUGCAUUAGAUGGUGUGUCCCGGAAGAAACUUCACCUGAGAACUUUUGAACUGAGGAAAGAACAGCAAAGACUUAAAGGGUUGAUAAAAAUUGUAAAGCCAGCAGAGAUUCCAGAACUGAAAAAAUGGUGGCCUUCAAGUGAUGUGUAUCUCCCCCCCUCUUGUCACCUGAGGGUUGAACUUCCAAACUUUCCACCUAACUCCACUUUUCCCCCACACAGGGCUGAAACUCAGACUACAGAUGCUGAAAACAAAGCUAAAAAGCUUACAUUGCCUCUCUUUGGUGCCAUGAAAGGAGGAAGCAAAUUCAAAUUAAAAACUGGAACAGUAGGGAAGUUGCCCCCAAAACGUCCUGAACUCCCUCCAACUCUAAUGAGAAUGAAGGAUGAGCCCGAAGUAGAAGAGGAGGAGGAAGAGGACGAAGAAGAGGAGAAAGAAAAGGAAGAGCAGGAAAAGGAAAAAUUGGAGGCUGGAAGCAGUAGGCCACAGCAGGAGAGAGAGCCAGCAGAAGCAGUGCAGGAAACAAGUCCUCCCACACAUGUCACAUGUUCUAAAGAAACAAAACACCAUGAAAACAUGUCUCAACUCAGCCAAGAGAAACAGAACACAGAUUAUCGAGAGAUUCGUGAAACAGCUGCAUCAUCAUGUGAGGAACCCUCAGCAUCAAAGGAUGCAUAUGAGAAAAGCAGAGAUGAAUUGAAGAAAAAGAAAGCUGCUGGUCCAGGCAAACUUCUAUCAACACUCUCCUCCAAAUAUCCAGAAGAUGACCCAGACUACUGUGUGUGGGUCCCACCUGAAGGCCAAAGUGGAGAUGGCAGGACCCAUCUUAAUGACAAGUAUGGCUAUUGAUUGCUUCAGAAUCCUAAAGGAAGACCUUGUGGACCAUGUGACUUGGGAUAUUUAGGAUAAUAUAUCAAGUUGAAUGUCCAGAGGAGUUCAGAUGAUCAUUUUUAAAAUCUGGUGACUGGCCUUUUCUUCCCUACUCUUCGUUUCCUAAAUUUAUUUAUCUGUCCCAUCUGAUUCUCUUGAAUUUGAUAUUAUGUUUAAAAGUGUUUGUGUAUGUAUGUAAGAAAGAACCAUAUAUUUUGUGAAUUAGUAAAGUGAGAGACAUGACUGUUAACAAGAGAAGG